AUGGAUCCGUCCUCAAGUAGUCAGCAGUAUGGCGCCAAGAAACGCGUCAAAAUACACCCGAAUACAGUCACAGUAAAAUAUGCCACACACUUCCCCCAGCCAGGGGAUGAGGGCUAUGAUGAUGCACCCUCCUUUGAGGACUUUGGCUCCUUUAUGGAAAACAACCCCAGCAAGAGGCUGGUGACGGACUCUGGCCACGGGAGGACUUUCUUUGGAACUAUGGAUGUGCGUCCCAAAUCAUCAGGAGAGCAGAAGGAUAAAGGAGUAGGUGGUCAGCUGGCUAGUUUUGGUGAGGCCUCUGUUUUAGCAUCACGGGUCACCUGGGGAGCGCUGUUCGGCGCUGCGGUGGCUCACGGGUGUGUAGCUCUGAUCACACGGCUCGCGGCCGAUCGCUCCAAAGUGCCCUCCUUAGAGCUCAUUUUCAUCCGCUCUGUCAUUCAAGUGUUGUCCAUAUUAGUGGUCUUGUACAACAAGGAAGCCCCAUUUGGUCCUAAGGGCUACCGUUUGCGGCUCUUCUUCUAUGGGGUUUGCAAUGUCAUUUCCAUCACGUGUGCCUACACGUCAUUCGCUAUCGUCCCACCUAGCAACGGGACUGUCAUGUGGAGAGCCACGACGACGGUCUUCAGCGCCAUUUUGGCCUUCCUGCUUCUGGACGAGCGCCUCGGAUACACGGAUAUAGUCACGGUAGUUGGCAGUCUCUUCGGGCUCUGCCUGGUCAUGAUCCCUAACAUCGCCGAUGAGGAGAAAUCACCCCUGGGUUUCUGGAAGGAGGCAUUCGGCUACACCAUGACGGUGAUGGCCGGGCUCACAGCUGCCCUCUCGAUGAUCGUGUACCGCGCCAUCAAGGAGCGAGUCAGCAUGUGGACGGCGCUGUUCACCUUUGGCUGGACGGGAACCGUGUGGGGAGCAUCCACCAUGUUUGCCAUGCAGGAGCCCAUUAUCCCUUUAGAUGGCGAGACAUGGGGCUACCUGAUUGGCAUCUGCAUCUGCUCCACCGUGGCAUUUCUCGGGGUUUACUAUGCCCUGAACAAGUUCCACCCUGCUCUAGUGAGCACCGUGCAGCACCUGGAGAUUGUUGUGGCCAUGUUCCUGCAGCUCGUCGUGCUGCACAUGGUGCCAUCUGCUUACGACAUCUUUGGCGCAUUGGUCAUCAUGAUCAGUGUGUUUGUUCUCACGGGCCUCAAGCUUUACUGGGUGGGGCGGGCCAUUCGACAGGAUUACCAGGAGAUCUUGGAUUCGCCAAUCAAAUGA